AUGGACGCCAUCUUCAACGUUGUUGCCCCUACCGUCGUCGGCGCCGCCGAGACCCAGGAGGCUCCGGUCAACUACGAGAUCCGCAAGCCCGGCCAGCAGUGGCAGGACCGCGGCUCUUUCUGCACCAUCGCCUAA